GCCCGCGGGAGGAGCAUGCGGCAGAGCCAUGAGCAAGCAGUGGUUCGUCGGCCGAGUCCUGGCGCUCUCCUGCCUGUUCCGUGCGCUGCAGGGCGCGGGCCGGGGCUGCGCCUCCCCGUUCCUGACGCUGUACCUGCGGCACCUGGGGCUGCCCGCGGCGCUGGUGGGGCUGGUGGCCGGGGCGCAGCGCCUGGCGGCAGCGCUCUGCACCCUGCUCUGCGCCUGCUGCCCCUGCGCGGCCGGGAGGCGGCGGCUGCUGGUGGCCGGCGCCGCGCUGGGCUCGGUGGGGGCCGUGCUGCUGCUCACGCUCGUCCCGCCCGCCGCCGCCGGCGCCCUCUGUAACGACACCCGGCAGGCGGGGCACCGAGCGGCGGGGCCGCGUCCGGACACCGGCAGCUACGGUGUGCAGAGCGCGAGUGCUGCUCCGACCGCGAGGGCUGUGUCAAAAGGAGCGACGCAAACGACUGCCGGCGGUUUAACAGCGAGCGGAAGGGCAGCGGUGAGCAGCCCAGCCUCCCAGCGGCCGUCUGGCCCGACAGAUGUGCUUGAGAAACAGGGCAGAGGGGAUGGUGAAGGUGGCACAGAGACAAACGGGUACUUGGGUGGUGCCUCUGGAUGGACACCGCCUGUGAAAGCAGUUAACUGGGAGACACACGAACCAGAAAUGCCGGAUUCCAGCGGCCCUCCCCUGCGUGGACUCGAGAGGGAAACAAGCAUUCUGGGCUCUGCUGCAAGAAGUCCUGCUGGUAACGCUGAGGAAAGGCGUUCUACUACCAAGAGUAACCAGCUCCCCGUGUUUAAAACAACCUUUCCAGCUGCUGGAGAUGCUUAUGUGUCUGGAAACCUUUCAGACCACCAGAAAGAUUCUCAAGGUACCAGCUUUGAAGCAGUGCUAAACAUCUUUCAGGACAGAAAGCACCAGGUUUUCCUCAUGGUGCUGGUUGCUGUGGUACUUUGGGAGCUUUUGGCCACUUCUCUUGAACGGACAGUGGAUGAGAGUCUCUAUGAGUUCUUUGACUUUGUGGAUGCGACUGAGGGUUAUGGCAAGCUCUGGAUUUGGAGUUACUUGGGUGCCUCUGUAGGUGCCUGCAGCAUUGCUGUAGUCGUGGAUCAUCUGAAUUGCUUCCUCAGCAGUUCCGUCAUCCGCCUUGCUGUCCACUUCUAUGGCUAUGCUCUCCUGGUAACGCUCUCACUGCUUGUCACUGUCUUCUUUCCCAUCCACCUUCCCAAGGAAAGCCUGGGCAUUAACAGGAUGGGCAAUGCACUGGCGCUGCUGUGGGGCGAUGGCCAGGCGAUGCUGUACGCCAGCACCCUGCUCGUCACCGGUGUGGCUGCUGCUGCCGUGCACGACUUCCUCUUCUGUCAGCUGGAGGACCGAGGCAGCAGUGAGCUGUACAUGGGGCUCUCUGUGGCUGUGGGGCUCCUUGCCGAAAUGUUGCUUUAUUUCUUCAAAGGGAAGUUGCUAAGGACUUUCUCAAGAAGCACAAUUGUCGCUAUCAGCCUCAGCCUCCUGGCAGUGCAGCUUCUGUGCUACUCCUUCUUGUGGACUGUAUGGUCAGUUCUCCUCAUCAAGAUUUUAUCUGCCUUCAGUAGCGGUGCUUUGUGGUGGGUGGUCAGCAUGACCGUGAAUGACAUAGCCACGCUGGGCACGGCGAGGUCCCUGCACACUGCUCUCCAGGGUCUCUGCCAUGGUGGAGGAGCAAGCUUGGGCAGUUUUGCAGGAGGAUUUGUGGUGGAGCACUUUGGCUCGGCCGUCCUGUACCGGGCGUGCUGCGUGUGCCUGGUGCUGUGGCUCUUCCUCUUCUUGAUCGUCCAAUCUAAACUGCCACAGCAGAAGAAAAUUAACUAUUCUCGUCUCCUGGCUGAUGGUUCCAGUGAUGGGGAUGACUCUGAUGAGGAGAACGAGAGGGACUGGCUGGUGAAAGCCAUGAAGGAUGAAAGCUUUGGUGGGAACUGGUCACACCAGUGUGUGAUCAACUUCAAUGCCGGGGUGGUGGGGUGA